AUGUCGACAGCGACCCGAGAUACGGUCUCACUUCGGUUACGAAAGAGCCUAUACCAGUUCGUCCAAGACGCGUUUGUCGCUGCGAGAGUCUCCACAGACAACUGGCCUCAAGCUUACGAGGAUGACGAUGCAGUUAACGUUGCGACCGUGGAAGGGUUCAUCGCCGAGCGUCUGGGCGCUUUCCAGCGAGCAAUCGAGCAGCAGCGUCAAGAAGUCAUAGAGGAAGGUGACCAGUCCAUUCGCGAAGGAAGUGUAGCAAUGGAUGCCCUGGCCAAGCGCGUCGGUGGAGGCGAAGCAGAGUGCGUCCCUACCAAGGAAGACUACGGUGCCUGGAUGACAACACGCCGGAUGGUGAUCGAGGAAGGAAUCAACAAUCUCAGCAAGAUUACCAACGACGCCGUUAGUGCGUGCAAGCGGACAACUUCGGCGGUCGAUGAUAUCCUCCAAGACCUAUUCAACGCGAACAAAGCCGAUAAGCCGGAAUGGAAGAUCAGGAAGGCAAUCCAAAAGGUCACUAAUUUAGAGGAAAUGGGCUUUGAUAACAUAUUCCUCACAUUGCUCGAUCAGGCGCGUAUACAGUUAUGA